CAUUCGAAUGAUCAAACGCGUUUCCUCGGAAGCCUAUUACGCCAUCUAUGGUCUAUUCGAUCGAAGGAUAAAAGGGUUUCGAAGCAACGUGUCGGAACGCUCGUAAAAGCCGUGUGAAGAAGCCAUGCUAUGUUGCGCAGAAGUUUUCAAUAUGCGUGUUCCAAUUUAUUUUCGUACAGUUUAACAAUUGAUAUUCUUUUAUUUUAAUCUGCAUAUACUCGUUUUUACCCCUGUGCGUGCGACUGUGCUCUCUGUAUAUGUGUAUAUAUACAUAUAUAUGUAUACAUUACGUCCAUAUCAGAUAUAGAUUACGUGUAAAUCGAGAAAAAAGAAUGACAACAGAAAGCCUCCAAUGUUCGAUGACUCGUGUUUGAGUUUUACUUGCGAUUAGGGUGACUAGCUGUCGGUACCCGCAAAGAAUUGAUCGCAAAUUUUAUCCUACCAUUGAAAAUCAUACGUAUUUUGGAGAAAUAUCGACUCGACGUUUGUACAUUCGAUAUCCUCGAAGCAUGUGAUGGAAUACAUUCUGAAUCCAAUUAUUUACAUUGAUAUUUUCAAAUAAUCAAGAGUCUUCUACUUUCGCGUAAUAGAGGGACGAUAUUUUAAGCAUACCUAAUUUAUAGGUCGCAUAUGCAUUCGUAUAUACAUGUUUACAUAGUACAUUUUGCAUUUAUAAGAUAGCGAGUAAAAGCAUGUUCGACGAUCGCGCAACAGCUAUGAGAAUGAAUAAUGAGAAAAUGAAGGGGAAUUACAGUGUUUGCGGUACGGAAAUGGAACAGAAGCAUUACGUUCUUUGGAGUCCAUUGGAAAAGAACAAAUUUUUAAUGAAGAAUAAAUAUGUCUCCUAUAGUAGAUCUGUAUCGCGUAGGAACAAACGUUUCGUUCGAUACAAUAUGAGCCGAUCGUUAAAUUCCGAUGUAAAUAAUUGUGGCUCCAGUUCGGAAAACAGUUCGUUCGAAGAAAGCAAACAUAUGUCGAGAUCUUCUAAAAUAAUGAAAGCUUUAAAUUUUCACACAAGUCCGUUGUAUUUUGGGAAAACAAAACUAAAGAAAUCGCUAAAUUUCAAUUUGACUCCGAGCCCGAAAAGAUUUUCAUCCGCAAAGAAAAGUAUACAAAAAGCUUUCGGUCUGAAUUUUAGUUCGACUUUGUCUGCUCCCAGCAAAUGUUCAAACUUAAUCAAAGACAUUAGCGAUUCUGCUAAUAGCAGUGUCGUGUUUAGUUCGUCCGAGUCUAUCGAUGAAAAUCAAAAUGAAACGCCGUUGCGACGACGCGUGAAAGAACAGAAAACGUUACACUAUUCUACACCGAACGCAAAGUUAAGUACAAAAUUGUUGCAUUCCGUCGGUUCUAUGCCAUUAUCGCGUAGUCGGCUGAAAGAAACCAUCGACGACAUUGUUUAUAUUACUGCAACAACACCUAAUUCGCAGUCAUUGAAAUGUUUCGAUAAUUCUGUAACGAAUACAUCGAGAAAUUUAUUUCAUGAAUUUCGCGAAGAUGAUUACGAUAGACCGGAAACGCCAGAAAAUGUAAUUUGUAUCGUUCCUGAAAGUAUGAGCGCUAUCAAACGAAGUCAUAAAAAGGAAAGAUCAUCGAGGCGGAGUGCUCGUUGUUCGAUGCAAUUGGCAAAUAGUUUUCAGGACGAGCCGGGUACAGUCGAGGAUACGAGAAAAUUCGUAUUGAGUUGCGAAAAGAAACGUCCAGACUCCGAUCAGGCGGGACAAUGCUCCGAGAGGGAUUCGCCGUUGAGGGAAUUACCAUUGUGCAAUUCGAAAGAUGAUGCUUCGGACACUGGUUCGUUGUUCGACUACGCGGAGGAAUUAAAAUCCGAGGAAGUAUCGAGCGGUAUGGCCAAUUGCGACGUUGUUUUAUCGAAAUUUCACGAAUGCAACAUCAAAGUGAUAUCAGAAGAAAACAUUAACGCGAAUCAUUUGUCUCGCAAGGAUCUUUCAUCGAAGUCCGACGACAGAUCCGUGACACCGGAUUUAUCGGCGAAUGUUCUAUUGGAUGAGUCCGAAAAGCCCGUUACUCCGGAAAAUCGUACAGAUCUGUUGCAAAGAGUCGUGGGAAACUCGAUCAAAAAGUCUCACAAGAAGAACAAAGAGGCAAAUAAGACGAAAUUUCUUAGUCCGAAAGUUCUGCAUCGUAAAUUAGAAGCGACAGAAGAUGGAAAUGGAAAGGACGAAGAAGGCUUUCGGCGCAACGAAAACGUUCCAGACGGUAAAUUCUCAUCGGAGCAACAAGAUCAUCCUGACGCAUCGAAUUCGGAACGAGCAUGCACUCCCGAGAAGGUGAAUUCCAGUCGGCUGUUGCUCUCGCAGUUCAGUUCUGUGAAAAAGUCUCACAAAAAGGACAAGCAUACCAGCAUAUUAUCCGGUUUCUUGAAACGACAAGAGUACUUCAACAAAGAAAUGGAUUCGGCGAGGAACGGAUCUGGAUCCGGAUCCGAAUCCGAAUCCGAAUCCGAAUCCGAAUCCGAACCCGAACCUGAUUCGACAGAGAAUGGAAAAGUUCUCUCAGAGUUGGCCACCGAAGCGGAGGUGGCAUUGAAUUUUCGCGAUUCGAACUGUUCGCUGAACGAUUCUUUGGACAAAUUGUCUCCGAGCAAAAGAAAAAUACCGUUGAACGAAUCCUCGGAACGCGAUACGAGUGUAUCGUGUGACUCGGAAUUGCAAGAAUUGGACAUGUUUCAGGAAGAGUUUAAAAUUUUCACGCCUUUGAAAAGAAAGCGGUGGUUAACCGCUUCGAGCACCAAAGAAUAUUUGCACUGUUACGAUCUACCGUCUGGUGCAAUGGAUGAAUAUUCCGCGGAAGGUAUCGCCAACGCCGGUUCGUCGAGAUGUUUAACGCCGGUUCUCUCUUUCCACGAACAUUACGAACGAUCCAAUGAAAAUCGUUCUGCGAACAACGAAUCGGAAAUAUCCGACGUACAGGAUAACGCUUCGGACGACAGAACUGGCAGGUCGACGCCUAGAAAUAUGUCAACGGCGGAAUUGGUUUUGAAUUUAGAUUCCAUCAAGAAGUCUCACAAGAAGAAUAAAUGCGGAAACAAUGCGCGGAAAAGUCUCGACUCGGUCAGAAAUAAUGCUUACAAGGAGAGAGGAUGGCAGAACUCCUCCGCUGAGGCUCGAAACGAGUCGCUCGAGAAAUUCGAACUCUCGGAUUCCGAUGAGAACGAUAUAGGUACCGACCGUAUGUUUCGCGGGGACGACAACCGACAAGGUUCGAGUUGUGUCCCCGCGGAUAAAGAAACCGCGAUCGAUACGAGCGCAGAGAUGAGAAUGCAAGCUGUCGUUACUCCGCCGAAUUGCUUGAAAACAAAGAAAUACAUUCGAUUGUUACGAGAGACGUCUAUCAAGCGAUCGCACAAAAAGGUCCGGGAUCAGAAGAAACACGAGGUAAGGAUCGAUCCAAACGAAUUGUCGGAUGACGGAUCCAUAUUUGGGGACGAGGAAAAGUUGAUUCACCCGGAAUAUCGAUCGGUUCAAGAAUAGUUGCUUCUCUGUUCGAACGGUUACGAUGUUUAGAAAAAG